GCAGUUGGCCUUCCAUUGAGUUGAAUUCAGCUGAUUGAGGAUUCUGGAAAUAGUCCAAUCUUGAGUUUAAGGGACGUACUUGAUCUGACCCAGAUCUGUUGGAUCCCUGUAUUCCGAGUGUUGUAAAGUUGCCAUAGUUGCCCACCCCUGCUCUAGUGGAUCAAACCAAUUUCCUCUUCCUAAAGAGGAUGUACUGGCUUGAGUGACCCACUUUGCUAAACUACUAUUUGAAUUGGAGCUGAGGACGGCAGCCUCGUCCUAGCCUUAAUCUCUCCUUGCCCCUAUUCUCCUUUGAAAAAUACUCCUGAAUACAGCAGUGUAAGUUCCCACCUUGUGGUCUGGGCCACUCUUCCUCUUUUGCAACUAAAAAUGCAAACCUUUGGCGUUGCUCUUUGCUCCACCCCAGCACCAGCAAUUACUUCCUCCCGAUCUGUCUUUCCUUUGCAUCUGUCUCUGUCUUUCCUUUGCAUUUGUCGGAUGCAAGAGCUGAGCUGAAGAGCAACACAUCCUGCCCAGGGGAAAAAGCACUGAACCCAGAGCUACGAGAUUUCAGCAGACGAGGAGAUACGACUGGAGAGCAGCAGGGCAGAAUGUCAGACUCUCUGGUUGUGUGUGAUGUAGAUCCGGAGCUCAUUGAGAAACUAAAGAAAUUUCGUUUCCAGAAGGAGACUAACAACACAGCUUUAAUUAUGAAAGUUGACAAAAAUAGACAACUGGUGGUUCUGGAGGAAGAAUUUCAGGACAUGUCUCCCGAGCAGCUGAGCCAUGAGCUACCGGAGCGCCAGCCCCGAUUUGUUGUCUACAGCUACAGAUACACGCACGAUGAUGGGCGGGUCUCUUAUCCCCUUUGCUUCAUCUUCUCCAGUCCAGCUGGGUGCAAGCCGGAGCAGCAAAUGAUGUACGCUGGAAGCAAAAACAGGCUGGUGCAGGCAGCUGAGCUCACAAAGGUCUUUGAGAUCCGAUCCACCGAAGAGCUGACGGAGCAGUGGCUCAAAGAACGCCUGGCUUUUUUCCGCUGACCCCGGGUCAUUCCAAGGAGACCCAAGUUUUCACUUAAGCCCCAGCCUCCACUGGGUUCUGCCCUUCUCUCUCUAGAGAUACCGCCACGGGAGGCGCACAGCAGAAGCUGUCUGUCGCUCCAUCACCAUCUUUGCUCCAUCAGCUUUUUGCUGGCAACGAAAAUGUCUGCAAAUAAAACUGGCUGAUUCUACA